CAUCAUACAGCUAAACGCCAGCCUCUGCGCCUCUGUUCCCAAAACUGGAAUCCUUUUUUUUCCCACGCGGUUGUCUCUCUCUGUUCCAUCUCAGAUCUCUCUCAUUCCCAGAAGACGAACCAUAAAAAGGGGAUCAUCGAGAAAGAAAGACUUCGGAGGAGUAAAAAAAAAAAAAAAACUUGAACAAAACAACCGCCAAUUCCGAUCUCCUUUCCCCCUCCGUCUCUCCCUUUCUUUAUGCCGUUCCGUGCUCGCCGGAACGUGGCGGCGCCGCCGGUCGACGGCAGGAAACCCUAACCCUACACAUGGAACUCCGAUCCUUUACCCUAACCCUCCUCCUCGCCAUCUUCUUCCGCCCCAUCCUCUCCGCCGGCCCUUCUCCUUCCCCCUCGCCGCCGCCCCCCGACUACCCUCCGCCUCCCCCUCCCACCCUCUCUCCUCCGCCGCCUCCCCCUCCCACCCUCUCUCCUCCGCCGCCUCCCCCUCCACCGGCCAACCCGCCGCCUCCCCCUCCCCCCGCCACCCCGCCGCCUUUCCCCGCUCCCCGCUUCACGCCACCGAAUCGGAUGGAGCCCCCUCGCUUCGGCUUUGGGCCGCCCCCGCCGCUGUGGAACACCAGGCCGAGCCCACCCGGGUCCUCCUCCUCCUGCCCCUCCGGUCACCGUGACUGCCACCAGCAACGUCAGAGCGUGAACCGGGAGUCGCCCACCAGGCCGGGACUCAAUUUCGGGGAGAAGCUCGGACUGAUCUUUAUCGGGGUCUUCGUGGCCCUGCAGGUGGUGUUCGGGGCCUUCCUGGUUUACAUAGGACGCAAUUGAAGAAGGUGGAGCGCCGAGAACAGUGCGAGAUGGCCUCUUCCUCUGGAACCCCUACUUGAUUCUUGGAAUUGGGAUUUGAGUCUUCCCCCAAGAUGAUGUUUCUUUUUCCUUUGGCGCGCCGCCGCGGUGGGAAUUGGAAGCUGUUGUUGGUUUUUUUAUCUUCGGUGGGGAGUGGGAGAAUUGGAUUCCAUGAUGGAUGCCCAGCUAAAUCUGGAUAAUUCUGACUCGAAUUUGGCCAAAUGGGAGCUGGGCGUUUGAUGAUCAGGUCCGUUUCUAUUAUACUCGGUAAAAAUGGAUUGAUGUCUUUUUACCUCUUGUGUAUCUCCUGUUUUUCUGUGAUAUUGCAAUGUAGGCUGUAAACUACCAUCUAUUCUAUACUAUAAUGAAAAAAUUAAUUUUUUUA